AUGAAGCUUGCAGCAUUCCUGGUGACAGCAUCGCUGGUGACGCUCGGCGCAUGGGCUCGUGCCGAGGCAACACGGCGCGUGAGGGUGUUAAAGCAAAACACCGCAAAAUGUGACGACAACGGCGAGCGUGACUUCACGCCGGUAUGCGGUCCGGACGGCAUCACGUACGGCAACGUCGAUUUUGCGCAUUGCGAGAGCUCGGCCAUCACAAAGAAGCCCGACGGGGAUUGUAUCGAGAACAAAUAA